AUGCCACAUUUGGUAAAAAUAUGCGGUCUCAGAACCGUGGAAGCGGCAGAGACGGCAAUUAACGCCGGUGCAGAUCUUUUAGGAGUAAUCUUAGUGCCCAAUAAACAAAGAACCGUUCCCACUGAAAUUGGUCAGCAGAUUUCACAAUUGACCAAGUCACACCAGAAAGCAUCGGCCAAUGAGAUGCUAGCAUUGCUCUCAGCACAAGAGUAUGUUGAUACCGACGACUACUUUGUCAAAGCGAAGCAACUAGUGGGUCAGAAGGGCCCUUACUUGGUUGGAGUUGUUCAGAAUCAACCCAUUGAUCACGUGUUUGAGGUGGCUAAAGAAAUCGGUGUUGAUUUCAUUCAGCUUCAUGGCAACGAGAGACUCCAGGAGUAUUUGGACUACAAUAAGCAAUUGGGCCAUCCGUUCGGUAUUAUCCCGAGGAUAGUUGUGCCUCGAGACGGAGAUAAGUUCACUGAGUUCUUGGAUACUGAAUUGCUUGGUGAAGAUUCUGAUCUACUCAAGUACAGGGCUCACGGGUUUAUAAUGCCGUUAUUGGACUCUGAAGCGGGUGGAGAAGGGAAAAUUAUAGACUGGGAGCUUGUGGAUCAAUUGAGAGAUGGCAGGUACAUUCUUGCUGGAGGGUUGACUCCAUAUAACUUGAAGGACACAGUUGAACUUGGACGAGUGAUUGGGUUUGAUGUUAGUGGAGGAGUGGAAGAUCCCAACGGAGAGAAGGAUCUUGAUAAGGUCAAAUUAUUUGUUAAGAAUGGGAAGAGCAUAAGCAGGUGA